GAUGGGGGAGCGGCCUCAGGAACUGCAACUCCCAGAAUGCAGCGCGGAGCUUCCGGUUUCCGGCGAGAGGACCUGAGGAGAAAGAGAGAGCGCGAAAGAGAGAGGAUGUCUCUCUCAGAUUGGCACCUGGCAGUGAAGCUGGCUGACCAGCCACUUGCCCCCAAAUCUAUUCUUCGGUUGCCAGAGACAGAGCUUGGAGAAUACUCCCUGGGGGGAUAUAGUAUUUCAUUUCUGAAGCAGCUUAUUGCUGGCAAACUCCAGGAGUCUGUUCCAGACCCUGAGCUCAUUGAUCUGAUAUACUGUGGCCGGAAGCUAAAAGAUGAUCAGACCCUUGACUUUUAUGGCAUUCAACCUGGAUCCACAGUCCAUGUUCUGCGCAAGUCCUGGCCUGAGCCUGAUCAGAAACCGGAACCUGUCGAUAAGGUGGCUGCUCUGAGGGAGUUCCGAGUGCUGCACACGGCCCUGCAUGGCAGCUCCUCCUACAGGGAGGCGGUCUUUAAGAUGCUCAGCAAUAAGGAAUCUCUGGAUCAGAUCAUUGUGGCCACCCCAGGCCUCAGCAGUGACCCCAUUGCUCUUGGGGUUCUCCAGGACAAGGACCUCUUCUCUGUCUUUGCUGAUCCCAACAUGCUUGAUACGUUGGUGCCUGCUCACCCUGCCCUGGUCAAUGCCAUUGUCUUGGUCCUGCACUCGGUAGCAGGCAGCACCCCACUGCCGGGGGCCGACUCCUCUUCCCGGGGCAUGCCCUCCAGCGCCUACCGGGACAUGCCAGGUGGCUUCCUGUUUGACGGGCUCUCUGAUGAUGAGGACGAUUUUCACCCAAGUGCCAGGUCCACGCCCUCAAGCAGCACCCCCAGCUCUCGCCCAGCUUCCCUGGGGUACAGUGGAGCUGCCGGGCCCCGGCCUAUCACCCAGAGCGAGCUGGCCACCGCCCUGGCCCUGGCCAGCACUCCGGAGAGCAGCUCUCACACGCCGACUCCUGGUACCCAGGGCCACUCCUCAGGGACCUCCCCAAUGUCCUCCAGCGUCCAGUCAGGGACGCCCAUCACCAACGAUCUCUUCAGCCAAGCCCUGCAGCACGCCCUGCAGGCCUCCGGGCAGCCCAGCCUUCAGGCCUCUCCAUAGACCUCCUCGACAGUCCGCGGACCUCCUCAAUGUGCUGUGUUGUACGGAACCUCAUGUCAGCAGCUUUCCUGGAGGAACACACCUCCUUCUGCUAGAGGUGAACAAGUCUCUGUCGGAUCCUUACUGACCGCUCCUGCCUGUCCUGUCUUUCUGCAGAGCCAGUGGCAGCCCCAGCUGCAGCAGCUGAGGGACAUGGGCAUCCAGGACGAUGAGCUGAGCCUGCGGGCCCUGCAGGCCACCGGGGGGGACA